AUGUGGUCACCGCUACUUUCUUGUCUUUCCCUUUCCCUAAUCGCCCUUCAACCUGUCGCGGCAAUCUGGCCGGCACCCCAGAGCUUGACCAAGGGCAGCUCUGUUUUGUACCUGCACCAAAACAUCAAGGUCACCUAUAAUGGCGAAUCUGUAUGCUGGUCUUCUUCUCCCCAUCGCGAGUGCCUUGACGAAGGUGCGGAUACUAAACAGUUCCUGUUCCAACAGAUUCCGUACACCUACGGAUAUGAGCCCUCCAAAUUGACCAGCAGGGAGGUCGUGCAGGCGGGCCUAUCCCGGACACUCGCCGGCAUCUUCGACAGCAAGUUCGUGCCCUGGAUGCUGCACAAGCCUGGUUCCACGUUUGAGCCAGAUCUGUCAAAGGGCCAAAAAUGGCUCGAGACGCUAGAAAUCGUGCAGACGGGCGAGGAUAAGGCGAGCACCUUCAAGCCGCUCGCCGGCGAGGUUGACGAGUCGUACAACCUGACCGUCAGCGCCGAGGGUGCCGUCAAGCUCACGACCGUCUCAUCAAUCGGCGUCCUCCGCGGCCUCGAGACCUUCUCCCAACUCUUCUACCAGCACUCGGCCGGCACGUUCUGGUACACGCCAUUCGCGCCCGUGUCGGUCCAGGACGCGCCUAAAUUCCAGCACCGCGGCGCCAUGAUGGACACGGCGCGCUUCUUCUUCCCCGUGGACGACAUCCUGCGUACCAUCGACGCCAUGUCCUGGAACAAGAUGAACCGGCUGCACGUGCACGUGACCGAUUCGCAAUCGUGGCCGCUCGAGAUCCCCUCGAUGCCUGAGAUUUCGGAGAAGGGCGCCUACCACCCGAGCCAGACCUAUUCGCCCGAAGACAUCGAGCGUAUCCAGACGUUCGGCGCGGCGCGCGGCGUCGAGGUCUACUUCGAGAUCGACAUGCCGGGCCACAUCGGCGUGGUGUCGCUGUCGCAUCCUGAGUUGAUCGUCGCCUACAACGAGCAGCCCUAUCAGUGGUGGUGCGCGGAGCCGCCGUGCGGCGCUUUCAAGCUUAACAACACGGCCGUGGACGAUUUCCUCGACAAGCUGUUCGACGACCUACUACCGCGCCUGGCGCCGCACGCGGCCUACUUCCACACGGGUGGCGACGAGCUCAACAAGAACGACUCGAUGCUCGACGAAGGUAUCCGCUCCAACUCGUCGGAGGUGCUGCAGCCGCUUCUGCAAAAGUUCAUCGACACGCAGCACGCGCGCGUCCGCAAGGCCGGCCUGACGCCCAUCGCCUGGGAGGAGAUCCCGCUCGAGUGGAACGUCACCAUGGCCCAGGACACGGUCAUCCACACGUGGCUGGGAGGGGAUUCCGUCAAGAAGGUGACGAGCAUGGGCCACCCGGUCAUUGACAGCAACUACAACUUCUGGUACCUCGACUGCGGCCGCGGCCAGUGGCUCAACUGGGCCAACGGCGACGCCUUUGCGCAGGGCUGGCCGUUCAACGACUGGUGCAGCCCGGCCAAGGGCUGGCGGUUGGUGUACUCGCACGACCCCACGGCCGGGCUGACGGAGGAAGAGGCCAAGCUGGUGCUGGGCGGCGAGGUCACGCUGUGGAGCGAGACCAUCGACCCCAUCAACCUCGACACCAUCGUCUGGCCGCGCGCCAGCGCCGCCGGCGAGGUGCUCUGGUCCGGCCGCACCGACGCCGCCGGCCAGAACAGGACCCAGCUCGACGCCGCCCCGCGCCUGAGCGAGUUCCGCGAGCGCAUGGUCCGCAGGGGCGUCCGCAGCUCCCCCGUCCACAUGACCUUCUGUACCCAGGGCUCGCCCGAGGAGUGUGAGUUCCGUCCGUGA